AACAGUGUCACUGAUGUCUCACCCACUUUCUACAGCAUUGCAAACCUGUUCUGGUGGUUUGUAGAUAAGGUCAGGAUGAGCGCGGCUGCCGUGGUGUCGGUGAUCUUGGCCGUCGGAGGAGCCGCUCUGUUUUCAGCCGUGCACAAGAUCGAAGAGGGACACACGGGUGUUUACUACAGGGGCGGCGCUCUGCUGACAUCCACCAGCGUCCCGGGCUUUCACCUCAUGCUGCCCUUCAUCACCACCUACAAGCCUGUGCAGACCACGCUUCAGACAGAUGAAGUGAAAAAUGUUCCCUGUGGCACAAGCGGUGGCGUCAUCAUCUAUUUCGACCGAAUCGAGGUGGUGAACUACCUCGUACCCUCAGCUGUCUAUGACAUUGUGAAGAACUUCACGGUGGAUUAUGACAAAUCUCUCAUCUUUAACAAAGUGCACCACGAGCUGAACCAGUUUUGCAGCGUACACACUCUUCAGGAGGUUUACAUCGAACUGUUUGAUCAGAUCGAUGAGAAUCUGAAGCUGACCCUGCAGGAAGAUCUCACUAACAUGGCUCCAGGUCUUAUAAUUCAGGCGGUUCGUGUUACUAAACCCAACAUACCCGAGUCCGUCCGCAGGAACUAUGAGCUCAUGGAGACUGAAAGGACCAAGUUGUUAAUUGCUGCUCAGACUCAGAAGGUGGUGGAGAAAGAGGCGGAGACUGAGAGAAAACGAGCUGUGAUUGAGGCGGAAAAGAUCGCUCAAGUGGCCGAGAUUAAAUUUGAACAGAAAGUGAUGGAGAAGGAGACGGAGAAAAAGAUCUCAGAAAUCGAAGAUAGCGCUUUUCUAGCCCGUCAGAAAGCGAAAGCAGAUGCCGAGUUUUACACUUCCCAGAAAGCAGCAGAAGCCAAUAAGUUUAAGCUGACGCCUCAGUACCUGCAGCUGAUCAAGUUCCAGUCGAUCGCGGCCAACAACAAGAUCUACUUCGGCACCGACAUUCCCAAAGUGUUCGUGGAUUCCGGGUCCAAAAGGGCGUCCAAGAUCACGGACGUUCUGUCUGAGGAUCUGCUCAACCUGGACUGACCUGGACUCGCACCAGGGGAGGAAAAUGCCACCCUGGGACUGGUGAUCAGUAAAGCCACGGGCACAUCACGGCUCUUCUGGUGAAACGGCUGAGCAAGCUGAAAGAUUGGAGAUGUUGGGAGGUUUAGCAGUUAUUGAAUUAUGAAUGAAUGAAUGAAUUUCUAUGCAUAUAGAACGAUUUUGUAUAUUGACAGUUUAAUGUUAGUUCAUCUUUAAUUUAUCUGUAAACAGUCUAAGCGAAUUAUCUUCUAAACUAUUUAUGUGUUGAUAUGAAAAAGGUUCCUUGAUGCGAAUGAUUAUGGUACAAACCUCGUCAGCGCGGUCUAACUAGGAAUUCCUACUAGGAUAGUCCAGCAAAGUCUCCUCCAGGCUACUAGGAUUAAAAAGGUCUUCUUAGGACUACUAGGAUAGUCCGGGAGGUGUCCUUAAGACUAUCAGGAUAGUCUGGGAAGUCUUCUCAGGACCUCUAGGAUUAUCCAGGAGGUCUUUUCAGAGCUAAUAGGAGGUCCAGGAGGUAUCCUAAAGAAUACUAAAAUGGUCCAGGAGAUCUCUUCAGGACUACUGGGAUAGUCUUAUCAUGACUACUAGAAUAGUCUGAGAAGUGAGGUCUACUCAUGACUGCUAGGAUAGUCUGAGAGGUAUCCUAAAGAAUACUAGGAUGGUCCAGGAGAUCUCAUCAGGACUACUAGGAUAGUCCGAGAAGUGAGGUCUCCUCAGGACUACUUGUAUAGUCCAGGAGGUCUUCUCAGGACUACUAGGAUUGUCUAGGAGGUCUUCUCAGGACUACUAGGAGUGCAUGAGCGGUCCUUUCAGGACUAUUAGAAUAGUCUGUGAGGUCUCAUCAGGACUACUAGCAUGGUCUGGGAAAGUUGCCUCAGGACUACUUGGAUUGUUUGAGAGGUCUUAUCAGGACUAUUAGGGUAGUCUGAGAAGUGAGGUCUACUCGUGACUACUAGUAUAGUCUGAAAGGUCUCCCCAGGAAUACUAGAAUAGUCUGUGAGGUAUCCUAAAAAAUAUCAGGAUGGUCCAGGAGAUCUCCUCAAGACUACUAGGAUAGUCUGUGUUGUCUUAUCACGACUACUAGAAUAGUCCGAGAAGUGAGGUCUCCUCAGGACUACUAGUAUAGUCCAGGAGGUCUUAUCAGGACUACUAGGAUAGUCUGUGAGGUCUCCUUCAGACUACUAGGAUAGUCCAGGACAUCUCCUCAGUACUACUGGGAUGGUCCGGGAGGUCUCCUCCUCAGGACUAAUAGAAUAGUUCGAUAAGUCUUCUUAGUACUACUAGGAUAGUCGAAGAGUUCUCCUCAGGGCUACUAGGAUAGUCCGGGAGGUCUUCUUAGGACCUCUAAGAUAGUUUGGUAUAUCUUAUUAGGACUACUAGGAUAGUCCAGGAAGUCACCUCUCGACUACUAGGAUAGUCCAGGAGGUCUCCUCAGGACUACUAGUAUAGUCCAGGAGGUCUUAUCAGGACUACUAGGAUAGUCUGUGAGGUCUCCUUCAGACUACUAGGAUAGUCCAGGACAUCUCCUCAGUACUACUGGGAUGGUCCGGGAGGUCUCCUCCUCAGGACUAAUAGAAUAGUUCGAUAAGUCUUCUUAGUACUACUAGGAUAGUCGAAGAGUUCUCCUCAGGGCUACUAGGAUAGUCCGGGAGGUCUUCUUAGGACCUCUAAGAUAGUUUGGUAUAUCUUAUUAGGACUACUAGGAUAGUCCAGGAAGUCACCUCUCGACUACUAGGAUAGUCCAGGAGGUCUCCUCAGGACUACUAGGGUAUGAGAGGUCUUUUUAGAACUACUAGUAUAGUCCAGGAGGUCAUAUCAGCACCUCUAGGUCUCCUCAGGACUUCUGGGAUAGUCUGGGAGGUCUUCUCAGGACUACUAGUAUAGUCCAGGAGAUCUCCUCAGCACGUAUCAUGUCAUAUCGGUCUGGUUCCUCACAUCCUGAACAAAAUUAAAGUCCAAAUUAUCUUCUUUUAAA